AACUGCGUUACCCACUCCAGCCAGCAGAUGGCGACGAGCGUCUUUCAGGUGAUGCUUCUUGCGUGACGUAUAAUGGACUGGACGGACGCUUCUUCAGGAACAACAACACGGAUACUAUUUCAACCACGUCGGUAGCUUGCUAGACAAGAUAAAACUGAAAGAUUGACGUUUUAGGCCAUGUUAAUGUACAUUAGCUAAUCGCAGUGUAUAAAACACAUUUCAGUUGACGUUAACUUGAACCUAAUUUGCUUGUUCAAGUUGCAAAUUUGUUAAAGAUUGAUACUGAGCCUAGCACUAGGCUAUUCGCUAAUGCUAACUAGCUAGCUAACAUCCCUGACCAUGAGCUCAUUAAACUACUCAUCCCCUGCUGAAGAAGAGGAUGUCUGCUGUCCGGAGAAAGAAGCUCUGGCGCUGAACAUUGUCGUGAAAGACGAAGAGGAGGAUAUUACAGUGAAAGGAGAGAAAGAAGCUCUGGCGCUGAACAUUGUCGUGAAAGACGAAGAGGAGGAUAUUACAGUGAAAGGAGAGAAAGAACCUUUCAGAAUGAAAAAGGAGGAAGAGGAGGCUGUUAUAGGGAAAGAAGAGAAAGCAUCCUCUUCCUCUCUAAAAGGUUCUAUCUCAGUAAAGGUGAAGGAGGAAGACGUUUUGGGAGUGAAAGAGGAGGAGACAGAAUAUCAGAUUAACACCAGAGAGAGACAUGACGAUCCUGGAUCCUCUGGGGAGCCUCAACAACAUCCUGAUGCUGACGAGGCAGAGAAGAGUCUCUCCAGAUCAGAACACCAGAUGGACAACGCUAGCCCUUCCUCCCUCCCGGAGUCCCUGUAUCGUGCCUCUCCUGGUAGCACCUUACUGCUGGGUAUGAAGAGGUUGUCUGUGCUGCUGGUGGACUGCAGGAAAACAACGGGGCUGAGUGGAACUGUGAGAAGAGGAGAAGAGAGGAAAGGAUCAGAUUUGACACACCAAAGAGAAAGACCAGACUCGGAGGAACCAGAGCCAGGGACGUCCCAACUAGCAAGACGACACCACUGCUCCCAGUGUGGAAAGUGUUUCAACCAUUCAUGGGAGCUGAAACGGCAUGAGAGAACACACACAGGAGAGAAGCCUUACCGCUGCUCCCAAUGUGGAAAGUGUUUCGGCCGUUCAUGGGAGCUGAAACAACAUGAGAGAAUACACACAGGAGAUAAGCCUUACCACUGCUCCCAGUGCGGAAAUAGUUUUCACCAGAAAGCACACCUGAAAGCCCACGAGAGAAUACACACAGGGGAGAAACCUUACCACUGCUCCCAAUGUGGAAAGUGUUUCGGCAGUUCGGGGGAGCUGAAACAGCAUGAGAGAAUACACACAGGAGAGAAGCCUUACCACUGCUCCCAAUGUGGAAAGUGUUUUGGCAGUUCGGGGGAGCUGAAACAGCAUGAGAGAAUACACACAGGAGAGAAGCCUUACCACUGCCCCCAAUGUGGGAAGUGUUUCGGCCGUUCGGGGGAGCUGAAACGGCACGAGAGAAUACACACUGGAGAGAAGCCUUACCACUGCUCCCAGUGUGGAAAGUGUUUCAGCCAUUCAUGGGAGCUGAAACGGCAUGAGAGAAUACACACUGGAGAGAAGCCUUACCACUGCUCCCAAUGUGGAAAGUGUUUCGGCCGUUCAGAGGAGCUGAAACAGCAUGAGAGAAUACACACAGGAGAGAAGCCUUACCACUGCUCCCAGUGUGGAAAGUGUUUCAACCAUCCAGGGACGCUGAAACGACAUGAGAGAAUACACACCGGAGAGAAGCCUUACCACUGCUCCCAAUGUGGAAAGUGUUUCGGCCGUUCGGGGGAGCUGAAACAACAUGAGAGAAUACACACAGGAGAGAAGCCUUACCACUGCUCCCAGUGUGGAAUGUGUUUCAACCAUUCAGGGAUGCUGAAAUGGCAUGAGAGAAUACACACAGGAGAGAAGCCUUACCACUGCUCCCAAUGUGGAAAGUGUUUCAACCAGAGAGGAAACCUGAAACGACAUGAGAGAAUACACACAGGGCAGAAGCCUUACCACUCCUCCCAGGCAAGACGACACCAGUGCUCCCACUGUGGAAAGAGUUUUAACCAGAAAGUACACCUGAAAGCUCACGAGAGAAUACACACAGGGGAGAAGCCUUACCACUGCUCCCAGUGUGGACAGUGUUUCGUUCAAAAAACACACCUGAAAGCUCAUGAGAUAAUACACACAGGGGAGAAAUCUUACCACUGCUCCCAGUGCAGGAAGAGUUUCAACCGGAAAACAUCCCUGAAACUACAUGAGAGAAUACACACAGGAGAGAAGCCUUACCACUGCUCCCAUUGUGGAAAGAGAUUCAGCCAUUCAGGGACGCUGAAACAGCAUGAGAGAAUACACACAGGAGAGAAGCCUUACCACUGCUCCCAAUGUGGAAAGAGUUUUAAGAAUUUAGGGAACCUGAAACUACAUGAGAGAAUACACACAGGAGAGAAGCCUUAUCACUGCUCCCAAUGUGGAAAGAGUUUUAACAAUUUAGGGAACCUGAAACUACAUGAGAGAAUACACACAGGAGAGAAGCCUUAUCACUGCUCCCUGUGUGGAAAGAGUUUUAACAAUUUAGGGAACCUAAAACAACAUGAGAGAAUACACACAGGAGAGAAGCCUUACCACUGCUCCCAAUGUGGAAAGUGUUUCGUCUGUUCAGGGGAGCUGAACCAACAUGAGAGAAUACACACAGGAGAGAAGCCUUACCACUGCUCCCAGUGUGGAAAGAGUUUCAGCCGGAAAGCAAGCCUGAACCAACACGAGAGAAUACACACAGGGGAGAAGCCCUACCACUGCUCCCAGUGUGGAAGGAGUUUCCGCCGGAAAGCAAGCCUGAACCAACACGAGAGAAUACACACAGGAGAGAAGCCUUACCACUGCUCCCAAUGUGGAAAGUGUUUCGUCUGUUCAGGGGAGCUGAAACUACAUGAGAGAAUACACACAGGAGAGAAGCCUUACCACUGCUCCCAGUGUGGAAAGAGUUUCAACCGGAAAGCGUGCCUGAAACUACAUGAGAGAAUACACACAGGAGAGAAGCCUUACCGCUGCUCCCAGUGUGGAAAGGGUUUCAACCGUUCAGGGACGCUGAAACAACAUGAGAGAAUACACACAGGAGAGAAGCCUUACCACUGCUACCAGUGUGGAAAGAGUUUUAAGAAUUUAGGGACCCUAAAACUACAUGAGAGAAUACACACAGGAGAGAAGCCUUACCACUGCUCCCUGUGUGGAAAGAGUUUUAACAAUUUAGGGAACCUAAAACAACAUGAGAUAAUACACACAGGGGAGAGGCCUUACCACUGCUCCCAAUGUGGAAAGUGUUUCAUCCGGUCAAAGGAGCUGAAACAACAUGAGAUAAUACACACAGGGGAGAAGCCUUAUCACUGCUCCCAGUGUGGAAAGAGUUUUAACAAUUUAGGGAACCUGAAACGACACGAGAGAAUACACACAGGGGAGAAGCCUUUCCACUCCUCCCAGGGUGCAAAGCUUUUGCCCAUUUAGGAAGCCUGAAAGAACACAUGAGACUGCACACAGCUGAGAAUGCUUACAAAAGGUCAGACUGUGGGAAAACAUUUUACUCAUAACAGUCACUUAAACGUCUUUAGAGAAUCCACACAGGAGAGAGAAAUGACUUCUCUUAGCGUGUAUAUUGAUAUUUCACAUCACAUUGACUUAAAAUUCAUCAGAGAACAUACACAGUGCUCCUGUUGUCUUAUAUUGUUGACUGACAAUGUGUUUACCUGUCUUUACCAGAUUAAAUUAAAUGGUACAGGGUAUACUCUAAAAUAUAUUUGUUUGUUUUUAUUAGAAAACAUGAAUUGGAUAU